AUGCAGCAUGCGGACCGGCCCGUACGACGGGGCAGCCUCCUGUCCCAGUCGUCCCACCGCAGCUCGCGCCGCGACGACGACAUGGUCGGCUCCUUUAUGAGCGACAGCGGCAGCUACGCGCGCUCGAGUCGGCGGCACCCGAGCCAGCGCGCGGUCGCGAUGCCCGGCCAAGCGGCCACGACCGGCCACUUGCAGACGCAGCAAAUAUUGGCCAAUUCGGGCCGCGCGAGCACGUACCGGAAUUCGACCGCCACCUCGUCGUCCGUCGCCAACACAUUGACGCGCUCGGUGCAGUCGGGCGUCGCGAUCUCAACGAUGCUGUCGCUCGCGGCCGGCGUCGAAGACAUCGGCAACGUCCAGGAAGUGCACUGGGAAGGCCACGUGCGGAAGAAGGGCGACUGGCUGCCGCGCUGGGAGCCGCGCUACCUCGUGCUCGACGGCACGACGCUGACGUACUACAGCAAGCAGCACGACGCGCGGUCUGGCAAGAACCUCCGCGGCCGCAUGGUGCUCACGUACGUCGGGCCCGACUUUAAGGGCAAGAAGGCCCACGGUUUUAUGAUCGAGACAAAGGGUCACAAGCGCUUCCACCUCUGCUGCGCGACCGAGCUCGAGAAGGACAUGUGGGUCGAGAUGAUGCAGACAGCGCUCGACGAAGCGAACGGCGCGGCCAACAAGCCGGCGCAAGACGACGACUUCAUGUCGUCGCCGUCGUACGACCUGUCGCGGUCCGGGCCCGUCUUGCCCAAGAGUGCGACGCGCAGUGGGUGCUCGCCGGCCUCGUCAAUUGGGCACACGACGUCGCUGGCGUCGCCCGUCAACGUGCGCGACUUUUACGACGCGAUGCGGCAGCUGCUUCUCACGCACUCGUCGUCGGCGCAGUUCUUUCCCAAGCUCAGCCGCGACGUCUCGAUCACGAGCAACUACGCGCCGACCGUGCCGUUCUGGGGCGAGUACCACGGCUUGGACGGCGUCUUGCACUACUUUUCCAUCUUGUACGAGACGGUCGCGUUCACGUCCUUCUUUGUGACCGACAUUGCGCAGUCGCAAGAGGGCUCGACCGCGAUCGUCGUCGGCCGCGAGACGAUGCGCAACAAGACCAACCACCGCAAGUUCACGCAGCAGUGGACGCAUACGAUCGAGUUCUCCAAGAACGGCCGCGUCAAGCACAUCCACAUCGCGGCCGACCCGGUCGCGGCCUCGGCGGUCUUUGGCUGCAACGCGACGUCGAGCCUCAGCCUUCCGAUCGCAGCCGUGCUCGGGGCCGCGCACAGCGACACGCCGCCCGGGCGUAUCCACGUGCACCUCGUUCGUGGCGACCAAAUCGGCGGCAUCACCGACUUUGAAGAGGAUUUAGCGACCAACGACAGCCUCCUCGAGACGCCCGGCAGCAAGUACAUUGUCGAUGUGAGCGUCAUGGCCGACGCCGGCGGGUACCUCCCCACCGCGCUUCUCAAAGCCACGCACCACGUCCAGACGGGUCGAUCGAAGGACUCGUCGACGUCGACCGAGCCAUUGUGGGACACACACUUGGUGGUCCCCUUUGGCGGCGCGACCCACGGCAAGCCGUGCUGCGUCGUCUUGCAGCUCUUCAAGGACCGUCGUCGCCGCCGCUCGAGCAACGCGCCGUCCAUGGUGCUCUCGCCGCUGGACGAAGAAAGCCCUCUCGGCAACGAGUCGACCAUGAUGCAAAGCGGUCGAGCCAACGAUGGCAUGGAGCUCAUCGGUCUCGCCAAGGUCAACCUCGCGCCGUUCCUCGCGCUCGCCAAGACCGACGACGGGUACACGACCAUGCCGCAGUGGUACACGCUGCUCGCGCCGGGCGACACCAAGUUUGCGGUCGGCCGUCUCGAGCUCAGCCUCUCGUUUGAAGAAGCGUCCGACAUGUUCGAUGCCGAGUCCGACUACAUGGCGUCGCCGUGCACCGAGGCGUCGUAUCACUCGGACACGUCCUCGAACGUCUCGAUCAACCGCCACAAGGCGUACCGGGACCGCGCGCGCAACAACGUGUCCUUCAACUACUUUUUGUACCAGAUGCUGGUCGCGAUCAAGUACGUGCACUCGGCCGACGUGCUGCACCGCGAUUUGAAGCCGAGCAACAUUCUGGUCAACUCGGACUGCGACGUCAAGCUCUGCGACUUUGGCCUCGCGCGCGGGAUCUACGACCUCCCGCCGGACGCGGCCUUGACCGAGUACGUCGUGACGCGCUGGUACCGUGCGCCCGAGGUGCUUCUGACGUCGGCGUACGACAAGCCCAUGGACGUGUGGGCGAUCGGGUGCAUCUUGGCCGAGAUGAUUGGCCGGCGGCCGCUCUUUCCUGGGUCGGACUUUCUACAUCAGCUCAAGAUCAUCCUCGAGGUGGUCGGGACGCCGACGGACGAGACGCAAAUGGCGUUCAUCACCAACCACCGCGCCAAGCGCUUCAUCCUCAAGCAGCCAAAGAAGGCGCCGGUGCCAUUAGCCUCCUUGUACCCGCGCGCGUCGCCGCUCUGCCUCGACCUCCUCGCCAAGAUGCUCGUCUUCAACCCGCGCGAGCGCAUCACUGUCGAUGACGCCCUGGGGCAUCCGUACCUCGCGGGUAUCCGCGAGCCGUCGGUCGAGCAGACGUGCGUGAACGGUCCGUUCGACUUUGCGUUCGAAGACGCCGAGCUCACCAAGGACGCGCUGCAAGAGCUCAUGUUUGAGGAUGUCUGCGCCUUCCACCCCGAAGUCCUCAACAAGAGCCUCCGCCGGGCCGCCACGACCGUGUAA